CUCCCUCCUCAGUGCCGCGCGCGCAGCGGAGGAGUCGAGAACUCCCUCAAACACUCUCCUUUUCUUCCCCUCGCCUCCGACCAAGCGCACAGGAUGUUUCCCCUCGCUCUCCUCGCCUUCUGCUGCGUCACCAGCUGGACGGAAGCCACUCCACCAUCUGUAGGGCAGACGGAGAGCGACCUGCGCACCAGCGUCGUGUUCAACCAGCUGGCUCUCGCGGAGGUGCUGGAGAGCCUGAGGAACAUGAGCCACGGGGACCUGGCCUCGGCGACCCACCUGGAGCAGCUGGCGCGGAGGCAGGAGGGCCAGCUGCAGGAUCUGGCGCGAGGCCUCGCAGACGUCAACUCGAGCGUGGGAAUCCUCUCCCAGAGUCUGACGUCACACAUUCAACAGGACAUCUUUCUCGAGCGAGAACUGCGGCUGUGCGGGAACCUCACCGAGGUUUUGCAGCGGAGGGUCGCCAGCCAGGAGGACGAGAUCCGAGAACGCCAAGACGCCAACACAGCGCUGAAGGCCAAGCACCGCGACCUGCAGCAGGAGCUUAUUACUGCAGGAGGCAGGAGCCAGGAGUUACAGCAAAGGCGCUUCGGACUCCAGGCUGAGGACGCGCAGCUCAAGUACGAGGAGGCGGAAGUCAAGAUCGAGAAUCUCGAGGCCAAGACGGCCCUUCGGCGCCUCCAGCAGGAAAAGACUCAACUCGAAACGGAGCUGAGGGUCCUGGAACAGGGUCAGUCUGAGAGCCACGCCGCCCAGGACCUCGAGGCACAGCUCAGCAAGCUGCGCCGGAGGAUCACGGAGGUAACGGGUGCCACGGUUUCGCUGGCGCACACCAAGGGCACUCUCGCGGAGCAGAAGACAGCGCUCUCGAGAGACGCAGACGAGACUGAAGCUCAGAACGAACAACUAAAACAAGAGAACGAGAGACUAGAGCAGGAGAACGCCGAGGUCCAGUCCAGUGUUCAGGAUCUAAAGACCGCAGCAGCGCGGAUGGGACAGGAUAUCAGCUCACUCACUAACCGAAAGAGUGAUCUGCAACGACGUUAUAACCUGGCCGUCGGCUCUAAGAACGAAGCGCUCAAGAAAAUCGGAACACUCAAUGCCCAAAUUAAGGACUUAACACAACGUAUCAACUUUAUAGCUUGCUGAGGUUGUCCUGCCAGCUGUGUACAAUAAAUGGGCAUUUAUACUAUACACUAGAUUAUCAAAGAUGGUCCUUUUCUCAUACCCAUUAAGCUAGGUUAUAAAAAUGUACAGUCUAAUCUGUUAGAUAUCUCAAUAGCCAAUUCUGUAAAAACACGAUAUGAUCAAAUGUGAACUUCAAUCGCAGUUAACAGGGCGAAUAAAAAGCCAAAAUUAUAUCAUUUUUUCAGACUAAAAUCAGGACAACUACAGUACAACAGACUAAACUUGGAUCAUUUUAGUUCAAGAGGCCUACAUUCCUUCAAAACUGGGUUAGCACAGAUAAUACGGUGCUAGAUUUAUGUACUUUUUGUAUUUAUUUACCUGAUCUAUGUUAUGAUACUUCUUUACGCUAUAAAUGUUGUAGAAUGA